GCCCUCACUUACAGAGCAUUGUUCGAGAUUAAUGCUCGUGCGUGCGUGAGUGUGAGCCAGUGUGGGAGCCCUCGGAGGUGCCCGAGGGGGGAGGUGACCGAGGGUGCCACCUGCCCUGGAGCUGCAGCCGCGGGCGCAGUCACUCCCGUGAGGGGCUCUCGUGCUCCCUCUUCACUGCUGCCCUCCCCAGCCGUGAGCGCUGCGUGUGAGUGUGGGCACAGCCUUCGGGUGUCCGUGUGUGCCCGGGACAAUGCUGCCCUGCUGAGUGCUGGCGUGCGCGCGCGCGCGCGCGUGUGUGUAUGUGUGUGGGGGGGCGUGGCUGUGGCUUCUGAACUCUCGGGACUUGUGAGUCACUUCUGUGGAGGUUGUGCGGUGUGCCCUGGUGUGCCGGGCCAUCUCCGGUCUGGUCUGCCGUGGCGCCCGCGGUGUCCGGGGGCGGCGGGCCGUCGGUGCUCACAGGAGUGCAAACGGCUGGAGAGCGCCGGUGCCCACGUGUCCGGGGCGCAGACACACCCGCCCUGCCCCGCCCUCCGGGGCUCGCGCGCGGCCCCGGGGCCCAGAGCUAGCAAGCUGGCGGCCGUGUGCGUGCUGCGCGCCGGGGGGCCCUGGGCGGGCGGCUGGCUGCUCCCCAAGAGCGCGGGGGCCAUGGGCGGGGAGCCGCCGCGGGGCCUGGGCGCCCUGAGCGCCCUGAGCCGCCGCCAGCGCCUGCUGGAGCAGGAGACGCGCGUGGCCGGCUGGGCGCUGGCGAUGGCCGCGGCGGGCACCGGCCUCAUGGUGCUGCACGCCGAGGCGCUGUGGUUCCUGGGCUGCAGGUGGGCGCUGUACCUGCUCCUGGUGAAGGGUCUGAUCUCGCUGUCCACCGUCCUCCUCCUCUGCCUCAUCGUGGCCUUCCACGCCAAGGAGGUGCAGCUCCUCAUGACGGACACCGGGCUGCGGGACUGGCGCGUGGCGCUGACGCGGCGGCGGGUGGCGCAGGUGGCGCUGGAGCUGCUGGUGUGCGCGCUGCAUCCCGUCCCGCUGCGCGGCCCGUGCCCAGACGCGAACCCGCCACGCCGCGCCUUCCUGGGCCGCGGGGAGGCGCUGCUGUCGCUCGCCAUGCUGCUGCGCCUCUACCUGGUGCCGCGCGCAGCGCUCCUGCGCAGCGGGCUCCUGCUCGACGCGUCCUACCGCAGCAUCGGCGCGCUCAACCGCGUGCGCUUCCGCCACUGGUUCGUGGCCAAGCUCUACAUGCACACGCACCCCGGCCGCCUGCUGCUGGGCCUCACGCUCGGCCUGUGGCUCACCACCGCCUGGGUGCUGUCUGUGGCCGAGAGGCAGGCCGUCAACGCCACGGGGCACCUGGCGGACACGCUGUGGCUGAUUCCGAUCACCUUCCUCACCAUCGGCUACGGCGACGUGGUUCCGGGCACCUUUUGGGGCAAGAUCGUGUGUCUGUGCACUGGCGUCAUGGGUGUCUGCUGCACGGCCCUGCUGGUGGCCGUGGUGGCCCGGAAGCUGGAGUUUAACAAGGCGGAGAAGCACGUGCACAACUUCAUGAUGGACAUCCACUGCGCCAAAGAGAUGCGGGAGUCGGCGGCCCGGCUGCUACAGGAGGCCUGGAUGCAGUACAAGCACACCCGCCGGAAGGACACGCGGGCCGCGCGCCGGCACCAGCGCAGGGUGCUGGCUGCCAUCCUCAGAUUCCGCCAGGUCCGCACGAAACACCGGAAGCUCCGGGAGCAGGUCAACUCCAUGGUGGACAUCUCCAAGAUGCACAUGGCCCUGUGCGACCUGCAGCGCGGCCUCAGCUCCUCGCACCGCGCCCUGGAGGACAGGAUCGACGGGCUGGCGGGGCGGCUGGACGCCCUGAUGGAGCUGCUGGACCGCGCCUUGCAGCCGCCGCCACAGCCCAGCGCAGAGGACACCAGCUGAUGCAGGAAGAAUCAGGCUGUGCACACAAGGGCUGAGCUCAAGGACGUCCUCAGCUCUUCAGGCCCGUGGAUAAACACGCCGGCACACAGCGGGCCCAUGGUGACGUGCACGGACUCUGGUGGUGGCAGCCGGGAGGGGACGCUGGCUUGGACCCGACCGCAGCGGGAGCGUGGUCCCCGCUGCACGCGCGCGUGCCCUCACCGGAACUGUGCCCUGGAGGAGAUGCGGGGUCCGCGGGCCGGCUUCGCAGGAGGAGGACGAGGGAGGAGGGCGCGGGGCCCGCCCGCGCUGUCGUGCUCAAUAAAUGGUGAACAGGU